AUGGCUCCGAGAAAGAUCUUCGGCGUCAAUCGCAAUGGCGGAGGAUCUUCUACAAUGACCAUGGAAAUGCCGACAUAUCCAGAGGAAUCGAAGCAAACAGCACAAUGGACGUCGACCAAAGCCAACGACACAACACCAGCGAAUCUCACAACAUUCGAUGAAGCCAAUGAAGGAACCUUGCCUAGCCCGACGACCGCAAACACGACGCCAGUUCUGCAGAGAUGGAAUCAUCCAAGGAUCAACAUAAUUAGAGUGCUGGCUACCUUUUGGGAUUUUAUGAUACUAGGAGCGAAUGAUGCAGCUUACGGUGCCCUCAUACCUUACCUCGAGACUUAUUACGGCAUCGACUAUAUCACAAUCAGUCUCGUGUUCUUGUCUCCCAUAGUUGGCUAUACUGCCUCCGCGUUGACAAACAACAUGAUCCAUAACAGGUUUGGCCAGCGUGGAGUUGCAGCCAUAAUGAGUGUCUCCCAUCUGGUGGCGUACAUCGUUAUCGCACUCCAUCCGCCAUAUCCAGUUCUGGUCGUGGUGUUCAUGCUUGCUGGAUUCGGGAACGGACUGGGAGACUCAGGUUGGAAUGCCUGGAUCGGGGAUAUGGCGAAUGCCAACGAAGUGCUUGGCUUUCUCCACGGCAUGUAUGGGUUCGGUGCGUUACUCUCACCUUUGAUCGCCACAUCUCUUAUCACUCAAGCUGGUUGGGAAUGGUACCAGUUCUACUACUUCAUGAUUGGAGCUUCUCUCAUCGAAGUGUUCUUUCUGACAGGUGCUUUCUGGAAGGCAACCGGCGAAGUAUACCGAGCUCACGCCGCAACUCUGGCUGCGGCACACCACGAUUCUCCAGACGGCGGCUCAGGAACCAUGACACCAGUCACAGACGAGUCUCCUGAAAGUGGCAAAACAAAAUCCCCAUGGCAACAACGCUUCAAUCCCUUCCACGACGCUUUCAUCAUGAACAAACCAAUACGAAGCUCCCGCAAGCUUAAAUCAACAUCAAGCCCCUCGUUCUUACAAAAGCUCAAUCCGUUGAAGAAAGCACCAAGCACAACCGCAGAAGCCGUCAACAAUCGUGUCACCAUUCUCUCCGCCCUGUUCCUACUCUUCUACGUCGGCGCAGAGGUCUCCGUUGGCGGCUGGAUCGUCACCUUCAUGUUACGUGUCCGCAGCGGCACUCAAUUCGCGUCUGGUGUCGUAGCGACAGGAUUCUGGUUAGGCGUGACUCUUGGCCGGUUCGUCCUCGGCUUCGUCACCGCGCGUUGCUUCCCGACUGAGAAACACGCCGUCGCGACUUACCUUAUCAUCUGCAUCGUUCUCCAAUUGCUGUUCUGGCUGAUACCGAGCUUCAACGUCUCGGCAGUGAUGGUUGGCUUGCUUGGUUUCUUUAUUGCCCCGUUCUUUCCUGCUGCUGUUGUGGCGAUGACGAAGCUGUUGCCGAAACGUCUACACGUCGCCGCCGUCGGAUUCGCAGCAGCUGUAGGAGCAAGCGGCGCAACCGUGUUACCCUUUGCGGUCGGUGCAAUCGCACAGAGUAAAGGUGUAAUGGUUCUGCAGCCGAUUGUGCUGGCUUUGUUGGUUGUGAUCACGUUCAUCUGGUUGUUAUUGCCAAAGUUGCCAAAACAGCGGAUGAGUUGA